UGAACAAUACCAACUACAUUGUCAUCGAUGCUCCAAGGAAAACCAGAAGAAACUUCCUUCCUUAUCCAACAAUGUUAAAAGCAUCCAUAACUACAUCUCCUUCUCUUUCACUUCUCUUCAAAUUCAACCAACCAUCUCUUCCUUCUUCUUCUUCUUCUUCUUCUCUUCCAUUUUCCUCUUCAAAACCUUCACCAUCACCAUUAACAUCAUUAUCAGCAACUGUUUCUUUGUUUAAUUUAAAAAACCCCAUGAAUAAUCUUCUUGGAAAACUAGGUUUUGGGUCUAGAACAGCUGAAAAUUCAAUGGAAUUAUCAAUUGCUCAAGGCCCAGAUGAUGAUUUGCCUGCACCAGGGCAGCAAUUUGCUCAAUUUGGUGCUGGGUGUUUUUGGGGCGUUGAAUUGGCUUUUCAAAGAGUUCCUGGUGUAACUCGAACUGAAGUUGGGUAUUCACAAGGUUUUACUGAUAAUCCUACUUAUGAUGAUAUUUGUAGUGGGAUGACUAAUCAUUCUGAAGUUGUUAGAGUUCAGUAUGAUCCUAAACAGUGUAGUUAUGAUACUCUUCUUGAUGUUUUUUGGGCUAGACAUGAUCCUACUACCCGUAAUCGUCAAGGGAAUGACGUAGGGACGCAGUACAGAUCAGGAAUAUACUUCUAUACACCUGAACAAGAGAAGGCUGCAAUUGAAUCAAGGGAUCGUCAACAGAAGGUGUUGAACAAGGAAAUCGUGACAGAGAUUCUUCCUGCUAAGAAGUUCUACAGAGCUGAAGAGUACCACCAGCAGUACCUUGCCAAAGGGGGACGUUUUGGUUUCAAGCAAUCCACUGAGAAAGGGUGUAAUGACCCAAUUCGAUGCUAUGGUUGAUCUUUUCAAGCCAUGCUUGUCUUAUAAACUCAUUCUUUCUUAUUUACAUUAUGCUAUUGAUAUACACAAUGAGUUCAGCAUGUAUGUCUCAUGGGUCUGAGAUUUCUGGUAUAGCUCACGUUACUUGUAUUGUAACUAGUUGCGAGUGUGGGAACGGAUGUUCAUCUAGUGCGAAUGAAGCAGAUAUUGUGGUUUGCUUGUAAGUGCAAUGUUGCGCUGUCUUCUACUACCAUGAUACUCGUAGUCCAGAAUGAAUAUCCAACAAACAACUAUAGACUGUAACCGUUCAUUUGUUUAGAAAUAUAAAUAAUUUCAUUGCACUCUUAA